GUAAACCCGAAGCUUCUGGGCGGGGAAUCGGAGGAGCAAAACGGCAGAGAGGAGAGUCAUUCAGGGUUAAUAAUAUUCCGCCGUGGGGGGGAGCGGGGGAGGACACAUACACACACACACAUACACUGCCAACCCGGCGACGAGGUUGGGCCUGCGGUGCCUGCCUGCAACCCAGGAAACAUGGAGCUCGAGAAUAUCGUGGCCAACACUGUUCUGUUGAAGGCGAGAGAAGGAGGGGGUGGGAACAGAAAAGGCAAGAGCAAGAAAUGGAAACAGAUGCUUCAGUUCCCCCAUAUAAGCCUUUGCGAGGAGUUACGUCAAACUAUAGAGAAAGACUACAACAGUCUUUGCGAGCGGCAGCCGAUUGGACGCUUGCUCUUCCGGCAGUUCUGCGACACCAGGCCGGAGUUGAGGCGCUGUGUCAGAUUCCUGGAUGCUGUGGCGGAGUAUGAAGUAACGCCUGAUGAGAAGAGGAAGGAAUGUGGACAGGAACUUCUAGACAAGUACCUCAACACAAAGUCAGAAGACUACAUCCCUGAGGUAACAGAGGAGAUGGUGACUAAGUGUGCAGACCGCUUGCAACAGGAGGCAUGUAAAGAGCUCUUCAUGGAGUGCACCAAAUUGAUCCAUGACUACCUGAGUGUGGCCCCCUUCGCAGACUACCUCGAUAGUAUGUACUACAGUCGCUUCUUACAGUGGAAAUGGCUUGAGAGACAGCCGAUCACAAAAAACACAUUCCGUCAGUAUAGGGUUUUGGGAAAGGGAGGCUUUGGCGAGGUCUGUGCAUGUCAGGUGCGGGCCACAGGGAAGAUGUACGCCUGCAAAAAGCUAGAAAAGAAACGCAUCAAAAAGAGAAAAGGAGAAUCUAUGGCUCUAAAUGAAAAGCAGAUUCUGGAGAAAGUCAACAGUCGGUUUGUUGUGAGUUUAGCAUACGCGUACGAGACGAAAGACGCCCUGUGUUUGGUGCUGACGCUCAUGAACGGAGGAGACCUGAAGUUCCAUAUCUACCACAUGGGGGAGGCAGGGUUUGAUGAGAAGAGAGCCGUGUUUUAUGCUGCUGAGAUCUGCUGCGGGUUAGAAGACCUCCAUCGGGAGAGGAUAGUAUACAGGGAUUUGAAACCGGAAAAUAUUCUAUUGGAUGAUCAUGGUCAUAUACGUAUAUCAGACCUGGGCUUGGCUGUGCAUGUACCAGAAGGUCAGACAAUCAAAGGCCGGGUGGGCACUGUGGGAUACAUGGCCCCAGAGGUGGUGAAAAACGAGCGAUACACAUUCAGUCCAGACUGGUGGGCUCUCGGCUGUCUCCUUUAUGAGAUGAUCGAGGGUCAGUCACCCUUUCAGCAGCGCAAGAAGAAAAUCAAACGGGAGGAAGUGGAGCGGCUGGUCAAAGAGGUGGAGGAGGAAUAUUCCAGCAAGUUCUCAGAGGAUGCCAAAUCACUCUGUAAAAUGCUGCUAGCCAAAGACCCCAGUGAGAGGCUUGGCUGUCAGGGAGGUGGGGCCUCAGAAGUGAAAGCCCACCUUAUUUUCCGUUCCAUCAACUUCAAGAGGCUUGCAGCAGGAAUGCUCGAAGCCCCCUUUAUACCAGAUCCUCAGGCUAUCUACUGUAAGGAUGUGUUGGACAUUGAGCAGUUCUCCACAGUGAAGGGUGUGGAGCUGGAGCCCAAAGACGACUCCUUCUACAGCAAAGUAUCCACUGGAAGUGUUCCCAUCCCAUGGCAAAAUGAGAUGAUAGAGACAGAGUGUUUUAAAGAACUCAACAUCUUGAAUUUGGACGGCACUGUGCCUCCUGACCUGGACUGGAGGGGUCAACCUUCACCCCCACCCAAACAGGGCUUACUGCAGAGACUCUUCGGCCGUCAGGACUGCUGUGGAAACUGCAGCGACAGUGAGGAGGAGCCCACUAGGCUGUGAAGGGGCAUGGCCUGUCCAGGGGCUUUCACCACUGAGGAUCUCAUUUGUUUACAGUUUUGCACAUUUGUAUUUUUAAGAUAGCUCUAUAUAAACAUUUGGAAUGUAUAUUUUCACUAUAUAGCCAUGCAGUCUAUGUUAUUUAAAAUCAUCGAAAGGAUAAAAAAAGGGGGUCCCAACUAUCGUCCUUUAUCUGUGUGUGAAGUACGGCAAGGACGGAACGUUCAACACUGCUCAAGUCUCAAACGCGGUCGACCCAGCCGUUCCUGUACAUUUCGUCAGUAUGUGUUGCAGCCUCUAUUUUUAUUUUAUUUUUUUGCGCUAUUAUUUUCAAUUUUCUGUUCUGGUAUGAUUUCACUCACAUGUACAGUAUGCACUCUGAAUAUUUGUUUUAGACGCGGGGAGCAACGGAAAUUUGCUUUUGCAGAUAUUUUUAUAUUUAUAUUUUGAAUUUUAUUUUCGUAUGGUAAUCUCGACAAUCAAAUGACACCAUUUGUAUAAAACAGUGCUUAAUGUACAUUUCAACUAUAAAACCGAGGGAAAUUUGAACGUCAUUCAUUCUCAAAUAUGUAAUGUGCGUUUUUUUUUUAGAGCUAGAGCAACCUAGUAAACCAAAUAGGCGUGGCUAAAGUGCAGAUUUGUACAAUGACAACGGUUGUACCAUGUUGUAAAUACGCGACACUCAUCUGUAAAGUCUUCGGUGCGUCUUCCUUCAAGUACUACUACGGAUAAUCGGAAAUAAACGUCCCGAUUGUAGUCCUGUUUGGCCCUUACGUUAACUAACGAGGCAUUAUUUUAUUCGUCAAAUUCCUGCUAUUAAAGACUGAAAGACUUCAAUACUCAACCAGGUCGACAUCGCUUAAUAGUUGUCGUUUUAUAAAUGCGCAAUUUUUAGAGCUGCAUACAAUUGAAUCGCUGCCUUUCUUUAACACGUAGGUCAACCUAAAAUUAAUUUGCCAAAAAGAAAAGUUUCGUGUUACGUCUCCCCCAGCAAUCACAAUAAGCUCUUUUGUGUUUUCGAUAUGAUAUCUUGGGAAUUUUUGUUGUAAAUUUGAUGCACUUAAGACCAAACCAGUUCAAUUUUUGUCCUCCAUCUUUAUAGAUGGCGCCUUUCAAAGUUUUAAGGUACUCAUUGUCCUUUAUAGGGUUUGUUUGUUAGUUUUGAAUUCAAAAUAUCUCCAUCUUGGCUUACAAUUUUGUGCGCACACUUUCUUUUUUCUUUGCUGUUGUUUUACCUCAGACAUGACUUCUUUUUUUUUUUGAAACGUGUUGGGCAUCGUAGUGUCUCGCAAAAGGCUUUGGGACUUUGUAUUAAAGCCUGGCUGAACGCGUAACAUCAGCGGUGACCUGCCAACUCAAGGGUCUGUUAAAAAUAGCGUGUUAUGGAGGAAAUCAACGGACGUCCCGUCAGCGAUUUUAAACAUGGCGGCUCCUUGACAGUCAACACAUUUCUCAUCCACCUGCAGUUUACCUUAAUUCUCUUGGAAAUACUCAAAAACAUUCCAGUCUCUACCGUACUGUACAGUUGUAAAAUUAAUUCAGUUGUUUGUUUUUUGGCUUAUUUAGCAAUAAUGGAUUUUAUAAGUAUAACAACUAUAUAUAAAUGUGUACAAAAUGACAACAUUUCAAAAUCUAGAGCGAGAUGGAACUUAGUUUGACUCAAUGUUUUCCUGAGCCAGGCAUUUAACACUGUGAAGUGAUCCUUUUCUGUCACAGUUGUACAUUUUUGUUUUUCUUUUGUGCAAUGCACUGAAAUGUUCUUUGUUUUGUGUCGCGAGUUCAUAACUAUGUACGGAUGCGUGCCUAAAUGCGGUGUGUGAGUGUAUGUUCGCUUUUACCUGCACUGCAUGUGUCCAUAUUUUUUAUCAUAACCACUAAUGGAUGCCAAUUAUUUUAUUUUAUUUUUUUACAAUUUUUUUGGGCCAUAAAUGAGUGAAAUGUUACGUUCCAGGGAGGCUUUUCAGUGUUUUAUUUUUUUUUUGCUAAGAGGAAUGAGGAUGAACUUUAGACUCACUUAUUAAAAAUAAUAAUAAUAAUAAUGAUAACAAUAAUAAUAAAGUUAUAUGUCAUUACACUGUGAAAAAGAGAUUAGUUACUUUACCUAAAAUAGAAUUGAAAAAAACAAUCAUUCACAACACCCUUAAAAUUAAAUCGUUGUUUCACCAUUUUUUAAACCCUUCACCUGAUUUCUGGGUCUCUUGGGAGCACUUUUAGCUUAGCUUAGCAUAAAUAAUUGAAUUGGAUUAGACCGUUAGCAUCUUGCUCAAAAAUGUGUUUCGAUAUUAUUCCUAUUUUAAGCUUAACUUUUCCUUAGGUUAUUUUUUUCUAGAGAGAUGCUAAUUGUCUAAUCCACUUAAAUGAUUUAUGCUAAGCUAAGCUUAAAGUGCUCUCGUCACACUCAGAGAUCAGUUGAAUGGAUUCAAAAAUGCUUUUUUUUUUUUUUAACUCUAGGGGAGUUGUAAAAUAAGCAUAUUUUCAGAUAAAGUGGAAUGUUCUUUAAAAAAAAAAUACAAUAAAUUCAUUCGAACUUGGAACUGUUAGGUUGGUUUAAUUACAUUUUUAUAGAGGUACAGUAAACUCCAAAUUUUAUUUACAACACUCCUAAAGUUAACCUGUUGUGCUUUACCAUAUUUUAACCAUUCACCUGUUCUCUGGGUCGCUGGGGAGCACUUUUAGCUUAGCUUAGCAUAAAUAAUUGAAUUGGAUUAGACCAUUAGCAGCUUGCUCAAAAAAGAGUUUUGAUAUUUUUCCCAUUUAAAGCUUCUGUAGGUUGUUUUUUUUAAAGAGAUGCUAAUGGUCUAAUCUAAUUCAAUGAUUUAUACUAAGCUAAGCUAAAAGUACUCCCGUCACACUCAGAGAUCAAUUCAAUGGAUUUAAAAGUGCUAAAACUCAACUGUUUAACUCUAGGGGAGUUGUAAAAUGAGCAUAUUUUCAGGAAAAGUGGAGUGUUCAUUAAAUAAAAUUAGUAAGUUCAUUGUAACUUGGAAUUGCGUAGUUGAUUUACCUUAAUUUUUUUUAUUUAUGCCCCUAGUUUAUUUACCUAAUUUUAUUUAAUAGCAACAGGUUUACUCUCAGUAAAAUCAAUUAAUUGUUUUUGUUACAGUGUAGUAUUGCCAAUCAAUUCAAUAUCAUGUUUACCUUGAAGCAGUGCUGAAGGUAAACACCAAAAUUAAUUUACAACACCCAUUUUUUUAAACCAUUCCCCUGAUUUCUGGGUUUCUUCUGAGCACUUUUAGCUUAGCUUAGCAUAAUUAAUUGAAUUGAAUUAGACCAUUAGCAUCCAACUCGAAAAAGAUUUUCAAUAUUCUGGAAAUUAAUAAAUUUUUCGCUAGAAUUUUACCUCUUCUGUAAGUUCAUUUUUUUUAGAGAGUUGCUAAUGAUCUAAUCUAAUUCAAUGAUUUGUGCUAUGCUAAGCUAAAAGUUCUGCCGUUUUUGUUACUGUGUGGUAUUACCAAUCAAUUUAUUAUCAUGUUUACCUUAAAGCUGCCCUUGAGGUAAAAUCCAAAUUUUAUUUGCAAGAUCCUUAAAGUUAAACCCUUUUGUUUUACCAUUUUUUUAAACCAUUCACCUGAUUUCUGGGUUUCUCGGGAGCCCUUUUAGCUUAGCUUAGCAUAAAUAAUUUAAUCGGAUUAGACCAUUAGCAUCUAACUCAAAAAUUAGUUUCAAUAUUUUUCCCAUUUAAAGCUUCUGUAGGUUGUUUUUUUUAUAGAGAGGCUAAUGGUCUAAUCAAAGUUAAUGAUUUAUGCUAAGCUAAGCUAAAAGUGUUCCCACCAGACUCGGAGAUCAGUUUUAAUGCUUUUAAAAAUGCUAAAACUCAACUGUUUAACUCUAGGGGAGUUGUAAAAUGAGCAUAUUUUCAGGACAAGUGGAGUGUUCCUUAAAAAAAAUUUAAUUAAUUAAUUGUAACUUGCAAUUGCUUAGUUGGUUUAACUUAAUUUUUAUAUUUAUGCCCCUAGUUUAUUUACCGAAUUUAAUAGCAACAGGUUUACUCACAGUAAAAUCAAUGAAUCGUUUUUGUUACCGCGUAAUAAUGCAAAUCAAUUCAAUAUCGUGUUCACCUUGAAGCAGCGCUUGAGGUUAACUCCAAAUUUAAUACAAAACUAGACUUGUGCUGAGGAUUAGCCGUGCCAUGGUUUAGAGGUCAGUGUCAAAAUGUGAACGACACGCCUCCAGCCACAUUUGUCAGUGUUAUUAAUUCAUUUCAGUUGUAAACAAUAAAAACAGAGCCAAUGCUAUGAACUCGGUUAUAUUAUUAUUGAUGCUUUUUUUAAGACCAUAAACAAGUAAGAUUAUCCGUAUAUAUUAUAAGCCUCAAAGUGUACAGUGCCAUUUCAAGUGUCAUUUUUCCAGUAACAUGCCAUUGAGGGCUAUAGAAAUCAAUCUGACCUAUUUAGUAACUUCUUAGUAGAGGUAAGAAUGGUAUAUAACUGGAGAAUCUGGUGGUUUAAUUGGUCAAUGUGCCAUUUUUGUUUCAUGUAAUAUUUAAUUCAAGUUUUGAACAUCAUUUUAAGGCAACAGGUUUUCACUUUUUGACUAAGAUGUAUGUUGAAGUCCAUAACCGUUUUAUUUGAGGCCAGAAGAAUGUGUUUCAUUGCAAUGAGAACUUGUACCUGUUUAUCCCUGUUCGUGAAGCCUUAUUUGUAUGUGAUACGAGAAAACAAGUGGUUGGUGGAUUGCACAUUGAAUACAAUUCUUUCGCUGAGCUCAAAAGUUAAUUCUCACUCAGGUUACUGCCAUUGUUAUGUUUGUUUGUUUGUUUGUUUUUUGCUUAAUAUAAGGCCUUACUGAUAGAAUAAUGUCAAGUUACUGGUUUCUGUUUUCAAGGUGCAUUAAAGAGAUGCCACUGGCAACGUUGUUUAUAGACUUUGAUGUAAAAUUGUGUUGAUGAUGACGUUGAAGGAGUUAAUGUUCUGUCCUGUCAAAGCACUGAUGCUCAUUUUCCCCGUUUACUUUCUGCUGUCUGUCUCUGGCCUGUGAAGCCUGUACAUUACGCAUGGCCUCUCAUGCAGGUCUUCUGUGUAACAAACUGAAUUUGGGUUCUUGUUUUCCUUAUUUUUUUUUUUCCUGCAUUAGCUUUUAUCUUCAAUAAAUUUUUAUUUGGUUAGUUA